AUGUCUUCAUCAAGGAGAUCAAGUAAAUCCAGAACAUCUGGAACUGAUUCUUCUGGUAGUUUAAAUAGACUAUUAAACUUUUCCAAAUCAAUUGAAAAGGGUAUUUUCGGAGUACUAUAUGCAAUGACAAAGAAUAAUACAUUUCCAAAAGCAUUAACAAUCAUUGCAUUGAUCAUUGAAUUUAUUCAAUUAAUAUCUUUUGGAUUUAAAAGUGUAUUCCCUUGGGGUGGUGAUCUAGGAUUUUAUUUAAAAAAAAUCGUAUCACCAAUAUCACAUCCAGCAGAUGUAUUAGCAUAUAAAGGAUUUACAGUAUUAUUUUGGGUGGCCAUUGCCUUUAUGGUAUUGGGAUUUAUCAACAUUUGGUAUGUCGCCUAUACAUUCUAUCAAGGAAAGAUAGCCAACAUUUGGAUCAUUCGAACUUUGAGAUGGUUUGUUUCAUCGACUGUCGCCGUGCUCUACAUUCCACUGCUUUCUCUGUUUCUCAUCGGUCUAAACUGUUCAAAGGAUUCAGAGAGUGGAGGAGGAUACUAUCUGACUCGAUUCGCUAGUCAAGACAUUCUUUGCUACGGACCAGAGAAUAUGCCAAUCACCAUCUUUUCCAUCGUUUUCAUCAUUCUUUUUACAAUCAUUGCUGUUUGUUCGAGUGUUACCUAUUAUGAAUUUGAUACUUCAGUUUCUGAUAGAUUUGCUAAACCUCAUGCUAGAUUUGAUUUAACCAUAUUACUUGUUAAAACAAUAUUUGCAUUCUUUUUUGAAUUGUUAAAAGGGUAUCCAUGGUUAUUGGCAAUUGUAUUUUUUAUUGGGUUACUUUUACUGUCUUUUGGUUCCAUCAUUUUACUUCCCUAUAAUAAUCAGAGAUUGAAUCAAAUCAAGUCUGGAUUAUAUACAAUCGUCCUAUGGGUAUCAUUUUGUACCAUUCUAACAAUGAUUGUAAAUGAUACUGAAUCACCAGCUACAAGUUAUUUAGUAGUUGCUGGUUUAAUUCCUUCAUUUUUCCUUGGUUUCUUUUUAAAUAAACUAUUUUAUAAAUAUUUAUAUAAACAAUUAAAAUAUUUAACAAAUGUUCCACCACAAACAUCAGUUCAAACAAUGGAAGUUAUAAAUAAUAAUAAUAAUUUAAAUGGUGAAAAGAUUGUAAAAUUUGAAGAACCUGUAACAUUGGGAAGCAAAAGUCAAAUUAAAUUUCCAUUUUUUGAUAAGUGGUUUUCAAUGCCUUUGUUUAUUGAAAUAAUGUCACGUCGUAUUCUAGCAUCACGUGGUGGUAAUCAACGUGAUCAAGCAGCUAUUGAUCGCGCCAAUCUACUGUUCCAAUGUGGAUUACAGUACUAUCCAAACUCUUCGCUUCUGUGGAUGGCCUAUGCAAACUAUCUCUUUACCGUUCGUCAAGAUCGUCAUGUUGGCUAUGCAUCGUUGGAAAAGCUUCGUCGUAUGAACCCGCCAUUUGAUAUUCGGUUCUUUAUCUUUCAACGUGACAAGGAGCGUGAGCAAAUGAUGGAUUCCGAUCUGCGUGGUCCCAGUGGCAAGAUUCAAGAUUUUGUCACGUACAUGGAGUUUAAAAAGUUGUAUCUUGGGGCACGUCGAUCCCACCAAUCCUGUCUCAACUAUAUCAAUCGGUUCUGGAGACAUCUCUUGCACGAAACGAUCGAUCUCAAUGCCCUCUCUACGCUCUCGGGCAAGAUUGCCACAUCCGAGACGAGGGCCACCGAACAGUAUGAACGGCUGCUUGGACUCAACCCCAACUCGGUUCGUGUCAUUCGUGACUAUGCCCAGUUUGUCGAAGAGGUGGUGCGUGACAGAGACCACUCUUUCAAACUAGCUAAAAAGGCAGAUACGAUCGAAGACAAUAUGUCCAAGAGUCUAUCUAUUGAACAUACUCGUCGGUUGUCUAGUAGUAUUCCAUCCGACCUAGAUAUAAUGGGUGAUGGUGCCAGUACUGGUGGAAUUCAAUUGGAGCGUAUUAGUAUUGAUACUUCAGCUGCGGCUGGUUCCCUGCGCAGAGGGGAACAAAAAACAAUAAGAAUUCCCGAAAAUUCAUCAACACAAGAUAAAAAAUCGGGUGGUGGUUUAUCUGGCGACGAUUCUAGUGAUGCAACUGGAUCAUCUUAUCAUAGUCGAUCGAAUUAUGCUGCGUAUCAACAAAGCAACUCAAUUUCUCGUCUUUCAUGGUUGAUGAUAUUUACGACGUUGGCCACUGUCAUCUUUGCCAUUGUCGUGUUGGUCGUGCUUCGUAAUCAAAUGAUUGCGCAACGUAAUGCUUUCCAGGGUGUUUUGUCACUUGGCAGCUUGGGGUCAGAGAGUGUCCAAGUAGCCAACAAUUUCCUGCUCAUGAACCAGUACGCCCUGGCCAAUAAUUCGGCGGGCUUUGCGUACCACCAACACGACAAUGUGCGUCGCAUCAACAUUAUGGAGAAUAUUCAUCGGGCCAUCUACUAUGGCGAAAAGAGUCCGCAGGCCUAUGUCAGCGACCCCAUUGCCACGCUCAAGCGCCAGGCUGGUAUUUCUGGUGUCUAUGACAUUGGCAGCGUCCUCUUCUCCUAUCCCCAGUUCAACAAGACCAAUCCGGCCAACUCUGCCCUGCUGCGUGCAGUCUACAACAAACCGGUUAUCGACAUGAUGAUGCUGAUCGGAACCAACGCCUACAAUGACAACACCACCGACUUUAAAUACGUCACGCAGCCAUUCAACGUGUGGAAGGGUGGUAAUAUGUAUGUCGAGAAUGCCCGUGUCAUCAACAGCUACGCGAUCGAUGAUUUUGGCACCGAAAUUAGUCGUGACCCUGGAUUCAGAUUCGUCACCAAAAACACUCAGACCUUGUCCGACUCUUUUCUCCUCGUUCAAAAGGCUUACGUCGGCACUAUCCUCUUGUCAGCCAACAACAAUUCUCUCAACAUCUUGUAUGUGUGGGUAUCCAUCUUUGGAUUGCUCUUUAUCCUCGCUGUCCUCCUCUUCCGUCCAAUCGUGAGUCGAAUUUCGAGAGAAAAGAUACGUACACUCGUACUCUUUGCUCUUGCUCCUCACGACCUCGUUUUGAAAAUGGCUACCAAAAAGGUUAAACUUUCUAAUCUUGAAAGUGGGUCAGAUCGUGAUAUCCAAUUUGAUUUGACCAGUGGUGACGAUGAAGAUGAUCAAGUUAACAAUAGUCAUAGCCCAUUCUCCUCCCCCUCCUCCUCCUCCUCGAGGAUGGUCAACAAAUCAUCUUCAUCCCUUUUACCAGAAUCUUCUUCUUCAUCACCAAAUAUAUUAUUACAAGGUGAAGAAUUAACCAAAGGUGGUGGAGAAGAUGGAACUGCAGUUCUUGAUCAAGAGGAUCAUCAUUUACCUUUACUAUCUCCCGCCAAAAUAGUUGGUGAUAGUACUACUACUACUGCCACUGCCACUGUCAAGAAAAGAAUUGGUGGAUGGGAUGGUACAAGUAAAAGAAAUAUCAACAAACGAUCGUUACGUGUGGUAUUACGUAGACUACAUGUUUCAUAUAGUUUUGCAUUAUUCCUGCUCUUUGGUAUAUUGACCAUGGGAUUGUUCGUAAGUUUUGCACAAAUAUUUGUCGAUCAACAAGCUGGGUAUGACCUUGCGCUCUGUGCCUACCGUACAGCCGAUUCUCGACUUUUACACUAUUACACAACCAAGCUAUUGUCACCACCAGACGAGGGUGAUAAUCUCCAACAUGAUAUACACAACACCACCCUUGCAUUCCAAAAGAAUCAUCAGUCACUCAUCGAUAUUCCUCGUACUGAAGAUGUGAUGGAUGGCACAUUUGGAUGUUAUCGUAUCGACCAAUCCGAGUGUCGUCAGCCCCAGGAUCCCUAUUACAAGGACACUAUAUUUGGUUUGGAUUGGACGAUCGAGCAAAUGAUCCAACAUUCUCUCAAUUUAGCCUAUGAAAAUCGUUCAGCGAUGACCGGGACCGAUCCAGACAUCGUGUGGAUGAAUGCCAUGUAUCCCGACAUUAGUGAUGGGCUCGAUCGCACCACUUUUAGAUUCUUUGAGUACUGGCAAGAGAUUCAAACCAAGGCACUCAACAUCAUCACCGCCAUCUUGUCCGUAUCCACCGUCCUACUCGUGCUCAUCUACCUCAUCCUCUUCCGUCCCUUUAUCAAUCGUCUUCGCGUUCAACAUAUACAUACUCUUGCAAUGCUUCGUCUUGCUCCUGAAGAUAUCCAAUUUAUGCAUGUUAGUGAUAAAAUUAUUGAUGAAGAUUAA